AUGAGUUCUGUUCCUCCUCGCUCGACCCAAGCUCUGGACGACGUAGAGCAAGGCAAGGCAACCUCACUCUCCGAGAAACCAGGCGUCACCUCGCGACCAUCACGUUCACGGUCAGUACGGUCGACACGCUCGGAAACUCAAGUGUCUGGAAGUUCAACAUCUGGAGAAGCUGAGGUCGGUCUCCCUGGACAGCCAACAAGGCUGAGGAGCGCGAUCGGGGGAACCCUGCGGCGGAAUCCCUCUCCAGCUAAGAGAUGGUGGGCAAGAGUACGGGGAAAAGAUCGGAAGAAAAUUGGAUGGAUGGCCAGCCUGAAAGCCAUUGUGCUUUCCUCUUGGCUGAACAUAUUCUUGAUCUUCAUCCCUUUCGCAUGGGCUGCUCACUUCGUGCAGGACUCAAAUCCCGAAGCGUUUGAAGUCGCCUUUUUGGCCAUUAUGCCGCUCGAGAAGCUUUUUGAUUUUGGGGGCGAGCAGUUGGCAAUGUACUGCGGAGAGGACAUAGGCGAUUUGAUCCUCAUCACGUUGAAUAAUGCUGUAGAAGCGACAUUGGCUAUCAUUCUUCUGGUCAAAUGCGAGCUCAAGUUGUUGCAGUCUACGGUUGUCGGAGUUGUUCUUCUCCAUCUACUUCUUAUUCCUGGAACUACCUUUUUGAUCGGUGGUGCGAGGAUUAUCGAACAACAACUUCAUCAUCAACGGACGCAACUGAACCACACUCUUCUCACAUUUGGAAUAUUGUCUCUUAUCGUUCCAGCAGCCUUCUUCGCAGCCCUCGACCGAGGCGAGCCCAACACUACAUCCACUGCGACCAGCGAAGAUGUCAUCACGGAUGCUUACCGAGGCGACUUCCUCAAGAUAAGCAGAGGAUCUGCAAUUCUUCUCCUCAUCAUAUAUGUCUUUUCACGCUGGUAUCUUCACAACCCACCCGGCGAGGGUAACGCGCUCCAACUUCCACCGGAUGCGCCUGCUGAGCUGAAAGAAAAAGAAGAAGAAUUGGCUGAAGCAGAGCCGGAGGUCAACCCGUGGGCUUGUAUAAUAUUGUUGCUCGUGGCGAACGCAAUAAUGGCCGUGACUGCAGAAUUCCUCGUCGAAUCUAUCGAGUUCGUGCGCGAAUCAGGCAACAUCCGUGAAGAAUGGUUUGGACUCAUCCUCCUCCCCAUCGUGUCUUUCGCCGCCGACGGCGCCGUCGCUGUCGUCUACUUCCUCCACACCACCUGUCUCGUUCCCACCGUGACUCUCGCGAUGGACCCACCCACGAGCGUGGCAGAGGCUAGGGCUAUCGAUCUGAGUAUCCAGUUCUUACUGUUCUGGAUGCCGUUCUUGGUGCUGUUGGGGUGGUGGACUCAUAAGCCUAUGAGUUUGCUUUUCGACUUGUUCGAGGUCACGGUUCUUAUUGGCUCUUGCUUCCUGGUCAACUACGUUACUGCCGACGCAAAGACGAACUGGGCGGAAGGAACCGUAAUGAUCGCAUUUUAUCUCAUGAUCGCACUCGCUGCAUGGUUCUACACAGGCCAACCGGAGAUCGAGAUCAUGAAUGUCUGCCGGGAGACCAUUGCGGCUGCUCUGAGUUCGGGUGAAGUGCCCGUUGGAGAAUGA